ACACAUACAGAUACGCUCACCGGGUUCACAUUAAUUCUGCUGAAUUAAAAUUGAAUCAAAUUUAAUAUUUGUUUUUCCUGACUUUCGCCAUCAUCUUAAACAAUAUCAAAUUUUUAAUAAAGACAUUAAGCCAAAGAAAUCAAAGCAUAAACUGGCAAAACAUAAAGCAAAUAAACAUAAUUGAAGUGGAAAUAUUACAAAAUGAAAAUCACAUUGCAAAAUAAAAAACUCAAAACAACGAUACAAAAAUAUAUGAAAUUUAUUAAAUUAAGAGAAUAAAACAAGAAAAAAACUAAUUAUACAAGAAAAAACGCAAAUAAAGCAAAAACAAGACAAGAAAAACUGCUUUAAUAUGUACGAAAUAAUUUGUCGAACAUUAAACGUAAUUGAAACACCAGCUAACGGCAAUAGAACAAUAGCAAAACCAGCAGGAGGCUCAAAUAUCCAACAACAAACAACAGCAGUCGCAGCUAACAAGUAAUCAAAAAAAAAAAAAGAAAAUAUAUAGUUGAAACACUUAAAAAGUCGUUAGAAUAAACAAUUGUUAACGUUACAAAUAACUACACACAUACAUGCACACACUCCCUCUCUUCCUGCACACACAUACUUAUGAACAACUUCCACCUAUAACAUCCGGUUUAGCUUUAAGGGCCAUUAGUAAAAUUACGUUUUUUUUUAUAAAGUGAAAAAUGAAAUGUUAAAAAAUACGAAAUUAUAUACAUAUAUAAUCAUAAAUAAAGAAAAAAUUAAAUGAAAUGAAAUCCUAAACACAAAAAACACUUGUUUGCUAUAACAAAUACAAAAGUAAUAGAAGAGAAAAAAAAAACAUUUACAACCAACAAACCAAAACAAUAUCAAAUCAAAAUAAACUCUGGUGUCAAAUACCCAACAACGUCAUCAUCGUUUUAAUCAUCUUUAGCAAAUACGUUUGAUGUAUAUUUCGCUUAACUGGCACCUGGUAACAUAAAACAACAACAUACUCAAUCAUAACAAAUAUUUCGUUUUACUUCCUGGCCAAAAAUAUUAAAUUCCUCUUUUUCCAAAUAAACGCUUUUUUUUUUGCUGUUGUUGGUAAACAGCGCUUUGUUUGCCUUGCUGAGCCCAGGAAGAACGCAACUUAUUUUGUUGUUUUUGAAAUAAACAAAUCGUACGGAAAGUGACAUUUUUGUUAACGGAAGUUUUAUGCCCGCCUCACAUAAUAUGGCACGCAAAACGAGUUUUGAUGAUGCCUUGGAUUAUAUAUUCAUUGCAAAUGAGAAAAAUCCUAACACAUAUGUCAUCUCAUCAGCCGCUUAUACCUCACCGCUGACAGCUGCCACAACAGCAUCAUUUACCACACACGAUGUCACCACUAGCAGUCGUAUAAUGAAUACUUUAAGCGGCACAGCCGCUUUAACUGCUGCCACAGUCACUGCCACAACUGCUAUAUUCGGUAGCAGCAGUAAAAGUAAUACUUUUGCUUCGGACUCUCUUCUAACAGCAGCCUCAUUGACAUUAUCCGCAUCAUCGUCGUCAACACCAUCAACACUUACGUUGCCAACUUCCUCCGAUAGCAAUAUGUUUAGUAAUGUAGCAGUAGAUUUAGGUUCACUAUUAAUCAAUGAUUCCAUGUUAAACGAUACUAGUCUGCUGGCAGAUCUAGUAAAUAUCACCGAUCCCUUUGGCAAUGGAACGGCGAGUGGGAAUAUGACCAGUCCUGAAGAUUUGGGUGAAUUAAUACGUAUGGCUGCGACAUCGGUUGUAUUGGGUCUUAUGAUCUUGAUAACUAUUAUAGGCAAUGUUUUUGUAAUUGCUGCCAUCAUUUUGGAACGAAAUUUACAAAAUGUUGCUAAUUACUUGGUAGCAUCACUGGCUGUAGCUGAUUUAUUUGUCGCCUGUCUAGUAAUGCCAUUGGGUGCUGUUUACGAGAUAAGUCAAGGUUGGAUAUUGGGACCGGAAUUGUGUGACAUUUGGACGUCAAUAGAUGUAUUGUGUUGCACAGCUUCUAUACUGCAUUUAGUGGCUAUAGCUGUUGAUAGGUAAGUUAUAUACAAAAAAAAAAUAAACAAUAACAAAAGGAACCUAAAAAUAUUAUAUUAUAGACAGAUAACAAACAAAAUUACUAAAAAUUUUAUAUACUUUAAAAAUAUCAUUCCAUAUUGUUUCUCCCCUUAAAAAAUAUUUUCUAUCCACUUUAACCUUAUCACAGCGUAACGUGAUAAAUGAUUAUUCAAAAAUAUAUUGACUGUAAACAAAAGCACGCAAGACAAACAAACACUGUCUUAUCUAAAU